AUGUCUGUCCGACGGAUUGUCUCUCUAUUCAACCAAGGCCAAGAUCAUUCGAACGGAGGAACGAACGACACAACUGAUACCGGCGGAAAUCGAGAAGACGAACCACUUCGCGAGACUGAGGGUCAAGAGCAAUCAGAAGAAGCUGAAUCUCCUGCAGAAAGAACAUUUCUAGAUCCUAUUAGGUCGAUGAUUUGGGGCGUUAAUAAUGAUACCCCUGAGCCCCCCGAAACAGAUCCAAUGGACAUUGAUACCCACGACACAAGUAUGCCCCCCACAAUAAAUGGCCAGAGCCGGCGCCCUGCAGAACCCGAACCUCCUUCCGCGAUGGGCUUCUGGACUCCUACGGAAUCUGGCUCGCUCUCCAAUGACAGCGACAUACAAUUUCAAACCAACGGCAAUAGCAUGGGCCCAAAUAGUACGGAUGUUUAUGGUAAUGUUGGAAAUACCGACGACAAUGGUACAAUACCCACCAAUGGCAACUGUAUCCCUCCAUCUGAAGAAAGGGAUGAAGAUAUCUACGCUCGUCCUUCAUCUCUUCCUAGGCCUGCCACAACAAGUGCCGGGAACAGCCAGCGCCGACGGAUAUACACCGCAGCCCCUGUUCCAAUCAUAAACCAACGGCUCCAAAGAUGCACUGAAAUAAACGAAACAACUAAUCUUAAUCGAUCAGAAAUGACGCCCGCUGAAAUUGGGUCAAAAAUCCCAAGACCAAGCGGGGCAUGGCGAACGAAGAUCCCGAAUGUCACACCGGAUUCCAUCCGUAGUAUCCAAAGCGUCUCAACGCUUCCGCUUUACUCGCCACCGAUAGGUUCAGUAAAGGAACCGCGAGGAUAUUAUGAAACCGACCCCAAUCUGCCUGGAAAGGAACCGCGGAGAUAUUACGAAUACGACCCCAAUCUACCUGGAAAGGAGCCUCAGGCGCGCAGGAAUGACAACUUGAUCCAGAAGUUCAAAGAAAUCGAGCUAGGACCACAACGAAGCAUCGAAUAUUAUCUUGGCACCGAUUUACCUUCUAGCCACCAAGCACAAAACUCAAUUUAUGCCCCUUUAACUUGGAAUGCUGCGGAUAGAUCUGACCUUCACAAUCGUCUAUCUGUUACAGACACUCUUCCAAAAAUCAACACUGGCUUUCCGAGAAUGGUCUAUGACGGCGGCACUUCUAGUCUCCCUGAAAAUGAAAGCACACCUUCUUCCGCUGAUCGAAUUAAGGAUCUCGAGUUUGAAGUCAGUAGUCUCCGCGAAACAUUGAAAUCAACCCAAGAGCAACUUAGAAAGGAUGCAGCCAAAGCACUUUCCCCAACAGCCGCAGUUGACAGGCUUCAUGAAUAUCUAAAGCCAGACGAGGAUGAAAGUAGCCCCACCAAGAAAGUUUCGCCUAUCAGAGUCACCCCUUUUAUCCGGGCCAAAAAGCUUGUUGUUAUAUUGGACGCUACCAACUCUGGAACCGUCCGGCCAAUGUCAGUUGGAAAGCUCGACCACGACACCCGAAUCCCAAGAACGGUGUUGAAACGUAUAUCAGAUUGCUUAACCGCAGAGCAUAAAGAAACUCACAGGCGACAGCAAGUCUUUUAUUUGAGCGGUUGUGGCACAGGUGAAGAAUUCGGCCUCAAUAAGAGUCUUCAUACAACUAUUCUUGAUGCAUACACCUACCUUUCCGAUAAUUGGGAUUACGGAGACGAGUUGUUCCUAUUCGGGUUCUCUCGAGGUGCAUUUGCUAUCCGCGCAAUUGCAGCACUGAUCACAGAAAUCGGGCUCCUUAAUAAAGCUGGCAUGACCCACUUUGAAACACUAUAUGAUACCUACUUUGAUCCUAGGUAUGGAAAAUGCCGUAGCACUGAUGAAUAUGAAAAAUGGAGAGGGCAAUGUACGAGUUUGGCGUGGAAUCUCAGCCAAUUGGAAGGCAUAACAAUUACCAAGAUACCUGUGAAAUUCCUGGGAUGCCUCGAAACCAUAGGAUGGUCAAACUAUGAGAUGGAACCAUCGGAGAAGGGACAAGACGCCAAAAAGUUGUGGGAACGAGGAGUGUUUGACUUCAGACAUCUCCUAAUACACGAGACUGUUGAGAACGCCUUCCACGCUCUUGCCCUCGAUGAGGAUCGGAUAACACAUUCACCACUUCUUAUGUUCCGCCCGGGAAACUCCAUCAAACCACUCACGCAAGUUUGGUUUACAGGAUCUCAUGUCAACAUUGGUGGUGGCCAGUUAAUAAUGGAGGCUGAAAAAAACGUUUCCCACCCGACCACAGAUCAAAAUGAACUCUCAGAUAUCGUUUUCUUGUUCCUGAUUACGGAGUGUCAUGAGUUCCUCAGCUUCAGCAAGACCUACGUGAACAAAGCAGUUUCCGACUAUAUGAGCUUAACGCCAAAUUUUGUUAAAGAAAUUAACUUCAAACAUCAUUGGGUAUCUGCCAGAAUUGACGAGCUUGGGUCUGAUACCGGGAAGGCCAACGUAUUCAACCGUAUUAGAAAUGCAACAGGAAAUCGGAAGAAGCAUAUUCGGACCCCGUUACGAUAUCGUCCACACUGGUUUGAUUGGGAACCGUGGAGUAGGUACAAGUCUUGCGAAGCCAUCCACGUCUCUUCUCAAUAUCGGACAAAGCAUUACCCGAAUUACAUACCCAAAGCUUUACUAGACUACAGAUGUACAAAAACUUUUGAAAAAUUUGGUGUAAUACGCGACCCCUCCGAAAAUGCCCCUGGGGAAACAUCGGUCUUGAGAUACAAUGCCCCUAGAACGAGAGAAGAUACGUUCUAUUACGCCGGACAGGAAAACAAGAAGGGGAAAGCGCAUCCAAAUAACAUGGUGCUCCCCGUCGUUAGGUUAUCAGCCUUUGAGGUCCUCCUUGCUGGUGGCGACACACUUAUCUUCGGAUUUGGUCUAGCAUUCAGGGACAUCUACCGGGAAUCACCUCCAGUUUUCCGGUAUAGCAUUAAUGAACUAACCGGUAUGCAAGAAGAUUGGGUUCUGAGGGUGGAACCCCAGCCACUAAAACAGAUGCUCUCACCAACCUCCAUGGCCGACAGAACAAUUGCGUUAAGAAACACACAAAGUGUACCGACGAGUUUGAAGUACCAACAUUACGUUAUAAAGCAGGAGUCGCCCUAUAAUUCGGUCAAUGGAAACUCGCGUGUAACUUCGGGAGUCCAGCAAAGGAGUGUUUCCGCGGCAGCUGGAUUACCAAGCACGCAAGAAGAAUCCCCAGACACACAAGAACAGCCUCCACCCCCUCCACUAGCUAGGCGUUUGAAUACCGCCCAAAGUUCUGCUAAUCUUCAACACUCCGUUCCUGAGAGUAGUACGCCCUUCUCCUAUAUCGACACCCCACAAUUGGAAGAUGAGAGCGGGAAUGGCAAGGGCAAGGGACUUCAUAGUGCCCAUACAAAUCAUCAACAAGGGAACGGUAGAGCCAUUGGAUCAUCCCAAGGGCCAAAAGGAUACGACGGCACUGAUGAACGUGAACCGGGGCCAGAGGGAAACCCCGAGCCAAUGGAACAAAAGAGCAAAAUGGGUUCUGUUAGGCAAUUUUUCAGUUUCUCGACUUUGCGAAGAAAAAUGAAGGACCCGGAGGCAUCGAAGAGUGAGCCUAAAAGACCAAGAGUGAGCCAGAUUGAUGGACAGAACGAUCGUGAUUCAGAUAGACCGACCGACGGCCCCUCCGAUCCAGAUCGUGUGGAAUCAGAAGUACGCAAACGAGAAGAUGCGAAGCGUGAACAUGCAGAGUGGCUUGAAACCUUUGAUCAUUCUCAAUUGGUUCUUCCGAAUAUCGAUGAACCGGAGUGGAUGAAAAUACUCAGGCAAGGUCGAGGUAAGGUUCAACCUUGCAAGUUUAAACACCAUCGCAACCGUGACCACGGCCACGGCAGUAACCAUCGACACAACGAAGAUCAUAACGACGAAAAUGAUGAUGACUAUGAGUACUACGAAUGCGGUCACCGCCGCAAACGCGAUUCUUAA